UUCCAACAGUAACCUUAAUGAACAGUCGGAUAUAUUUAAAAAAAUAAUUUCACGGACGGAAUAUGAUAUACGCCAUAUUGAAAUUUGAAGGCCAGCUGUAGCAUACCAUGCAAUGGAUACAACAGAAGCCAAUAUUUAAUGAAUUAAGCUUCCGACUUGCUGUGGGAAAGGACCCAAAUCCGCUCUAACGUCAAUUGCUUGACCAAUUUAUGCAUAAAGAUACCAUCACGGAAAGCAUCAAUCAAUGUUUAUGCCGUUUCAAAUGAAUAGUUAUCAAGUUUAUCUAAAUUUGACAUAUCACAUAGGAAAGAUUCACUGCCGAACAAAACAGGAAUUGGGCAGCACUUUUGUUGUCAAAAUGUACAGGCUGAUCCUCGGGCCAGUGGUAAUCAUUUGAAUGUUUUAUUUUAAACAUUUGUUAUCCGGUAAACAUUUCUUAAUCUUGCUGUUUACAAAUUGGAACCUCUGACUCGAUAUCCCGGCAAUAUUUCAGGAAGGACUCGCGGAUCGAUCAUCAGGACAUACAUGGUCGACGUCAUCGUGGCCGACGAAACGCCGCCGUCUAACGUGCACGUGAGUGUAUUGGACUACAUAUGGUGAAAUAACAUGGCGUAUAAUCAGUGACAUACGUCUAACUGGACUCGUUCCUCUGAAUAAAUAUUUUAAUGGGGCGAGAAUCCAUAAAUUCAGAAGCAAGCAGCGAAGAGCAAUGUACAUCCAUUGGAACGAGUUUGCAUUGGACCUGCCCGUCGGCGUUAUUGUGAAGAAAUCGAAUUUGCUUUAGUCAUGACGCAGUGUAGGAUAGUUCUAGGUGCACCAAUAUUCAUCAAGACGCGACAUAACAAAAGGUCAACCUUGAUAUGGAUCCGGUACGUGUUGUUUGGUUUACCAGAGGGACUGUUCGAUCAUCCUUUUUAUGCAAAGUUGUCAUCAACUACACUGUGUUCAAGUCAUUAUCGAGUAGUAGGUAUCUGCGACGCACAGACAACCUGAGCAAUUCACGUAAAUACAUUAAACGAUGUCUACAACAGAGGGACAACGUAGCGCCUGGCUGACCAUCGACUUUCUGUCCCUGCAAUUGAUAAGGACGGGGGCGUUCCAGGAGACUGGCGGAAUGACACGCCGAUCAUGGAGCCGACACUUGAGACGUAACAAAGUGCACCUUAUGUACAGAGUUUCCGGCCCUUGAAAAGGUCCACUUAUGUAAGAUGUACAGCACAACGCUCAAUCUUGCCAUUGAAACAAUCCAAGACCGAGAAGCAAGGCUACGUUCCUAAUAAAAAUAUUGAAGUUAUGUCGCUAAAGAGUGUGAAGUAGAUCCAACGAUCUGUGACGACGUGGACUACGUUGUCAAGAGCCAUGAAUGCUAUGUGAACAGAACGAGACUUUUCGUUCAGAUUGAAACGUUGAUUAUUCACCACGAACAGCGACAAGGCCACGCUGCGAGCAUUGUGAGAUGAUUUCCAUGUCACUUGCCUCUCGGGAAGUGUUUAGUGAAGUAGUUAAUAUUGUGAAGCUAAUAAUGAUUGUGCAUGCAAUGAGCAAUUAUUUAGCGGCCUUUCUCUGAUUUACGACAAACUUGCUGAGUGCUGACUAACAAGACUGGCGAAGGAUCGACUGAAUUUUUUUAUGUUUUUGCAUGCCAAUCAACAUGCAACGGACACAGUCCAAUGACCAAUGAGUUUGUGUCCGGUUGGAAACGCGGACUGUUCUUUUGGAAGGUUGAAGAACAAAAUUUAUACAGUGUUACGUCACUAUUUCUUGUAAUUGACGAAAUACGAAAUAGAAAUAGUACUAUUAAUGUAAUAUUAAUGCUUUGCAAGUAUUUUGUAUGACGGGUUGUAUUUAUUUGAUUAUAUGUAUGUGUGCGCGUGUAUUUUGCGUGCGUGUGUGCGUGCGUGCGUGGGAUGUUAUACAUUUAUGUGUUUGACUCUGCAUGCCUUGUUCAAUCUUAGUUGUAUUCCAUAUGCUCAAUAAUAUUGCAAUGUUUUCCGAGCGGUCUUUAUAAAUUAUACAAAGAGGAAGCCCUUUUAUGACCAGAAAAAUGAUUUAUAUUUUAAGUCAUAAAAUAACAUUCUUAUUAUCCAAAUAACGUUUAAUUGGCUUCUAAUGUUAACAUCAUCUCUCGUGCCACUUACAGAAAAAAACAUACGGCGCCAAAACAAGAUGUCCAGACCAGAAGCGUAUUAGUAUAAUGAUUAGAACUUGAAUAGUUACAAUGACUGCUCCCUUGUCUCUUAAAUGGUAGGAACUUUCCUAACCAGAACGCCUGCUUUAUCUCCGGACAAAUCCUACAGCGCUAUAAAACUUCCAGACCAGAAGCGCAUCAGAGUAUAAUGUCACUUGAAUAGUUACAUGCCUUGCCUCUAUAUUAUAACAAUACGAAAUGCCCUUCAUUGAGCAUGUUUUGUCUCUCAGGAAUCCGCGAAGCCAAAAAGCAAGCAGACCUUUACACUUACUGGGUUACCCUUUAACUCUUAAAAGCCUUAAUAAUAGAAUACCGCAGCGUUCUGAAAACCCAAAUGCGUUGACUGUGGUACAAACCCCCUUUUCCGUUGAAAGAACUGAGAUAAACACGUAUAGUGUUCAGGGACUAACUUCCAACGCCAGCACACAUGAUAAACCAGAAAACCUCAAGGUGAGAACAAAGCAUUAUAACUUUUCAGUGAGUGCAACUUUUGUACCAUCCAUGUGAAUUAACUGACGCUUCAUUCAACACAAGACUUCAGCUUUCAAACGCCAACACAAGGUGAUACAGAAAUGUGAAAAAUCUGAGAACUAAGAAAUAUGGCUUAAUAAUUGAGUGUAACUUUUGUCCCAGCAACUGUCCACAGGCGCAUUUCGGACUGAUAGCAUUAUGGGAUAGAAAAUGCGAAUUUGUGACUCUUCCAUGGUAUAAUUACCAUUAAAGGGUGGGGUACGUUGAAAUCGCCGAUGUACGCGACCUAAUUAAUUUUGUUAUAGACAAUUACUAUUAACUGGCAUUCGAUUGACUACUGUACCUAAGACAACGCGAAAUAUUAAAUAAUUUUGACGUUACAGUAUGAGAUUUUGAUAGAAUUAGGUUGCAUAAUCGGUAAAUUUAACGUACCCAAAUCAUCACUGUGUGGAAAUGGACACCGGAUAUAGCUCAAAAAGUGAUAAGUAAACAGACAAUUAUACAGUUGUUUUUCUUAACCAGAGAGAGACAAACAAUGGAGCCAAGAAUGCUGGACCUGCCGCGACAAACAAUUCAGAUACUUCUUACAAUAAGCACAUUGGCCAUCGCAGUUCAACCUGAAAAUAAUAUAUCCACGGUGGACAACCAGGUCGUGCUAGUCCCAGACGAGCAGAGGCUAUAUGAAAACCUCAUGUACGGUUACGAGAAAUCUGUGAGACCCGUCAGAAAUUCCUCAACAGUGCUCAUUGUGAGGUUCGCACUGCACCUCAACCAGAUUAUCGGGCUGGAUGAACGCCACCAGGUGCUGACAACCAAUGUUUUUAUAGACCAGCAAUGGAUUGACGACAAUUUAGGCUGGGACCCGGAGGAUUACAACAACAUCAAAUCAAUCCGGAUACCAGCCAAUAAUGUUUGGCUUCCGGAUACCUUCAUUUACAACAAUGCCGAUGGCGGAUCUACUGGGUUCAUGAAAGGGACGUAUGUGCUGGUCAACCAUAACGGAACAAUCCUUUGGCCCGUACCCGUCAAACUAAAGAGCUCUUGCAAAGUGGAUAUCACAUACUUUCCUUUUGAUGAUCAGAUGUGCUUUCUGAAGUUUGGUUCUUGGAUCUACAGCGGUGAUUGGAUUGAUUAUGAAACAAUGUACGACGACAGGUCCAUCGAACUCUCCACCUAUGUCAACAACAGCGAAUGGGACUUGCUUUCUGUUGUCCUCGAAAAGGGUUUCAGAACUCAAUCCUGUUGUGAGGACUUGUAUCCAGACUUGACAUACACGCUGUACGUUCGCCGAAAGACGUUCUACUACAUUUUCAAUAUCAUUGUACCAUGCAUUAUGCUGUCAAUUCUCACAUUGUUGACAUUCUGGUUGCCUCCAACCUCCGGAGAGAAGAUUACGCUGGGUCUAUCAGUAUUCCUUGCUUUCUCGAUGUUUAUGUUGCUUAUCGCUGAGGAGGUGCCCGCAACAUCAGAGGCUGUACCUCUGAUCGGCAUAUAUCUCUGCGUUGUGAUGACCUUGACCUCGGUGUCCGUUAUAAUGGCUGUGAUGGUCAUCAACCUUUACAACAGAGGAGCUAAAACUCGGAGGGCGCCAAAAGUGGUUCGAAUACUUGCCCUGAAAUGGAUAUCAUUUGUGCUGAGAAUGCGGCAUGACCUUGAGCGUCUUGUGGAUUCAAUCAAUCUGGAGAAUGAUACCGAAAUCGACACAAGAAAGGCUUCCUUCAAAAAUCGAAGACAAACCUCCAUGCGUCGCACAAGAGAAACGGCAUUGUCCUCGAUUCAUGAAUACACCAUUUCUCGACAAAACACCAUACGUCGACGCCAUAGCAGCUCAGAAAAUCCUGGAGGGGAAGACAACGAUAUAAAUGAAAUUACACCAUUAAAUAUUAUUGAACCGGAAGCUGGUCCAGAAGCAGAAGUUAUUUGGUUAAGAAGAGAUGAAGUGUACCCAGCCACUUCCCCGCAGACUAAUUCCUUUGAGCUUGAGGUCCCCAAACCAUGUAGCCAUCAAGAGCAUAAUAACACUCUCGAAGCAUCAAGGAAAGCGGGACCCAAGCGUGAAAGGUUUGAAAAACGUGCCAGACCAAAACGGGUUAAAACUACAGCUGUUAAACCGUGUCACAUUAGUAGAGACUUUUCACCAAAAAAAGGUGAUAUAAAAAGUGAAAUUUACUUUCGAAAACUAAUCGUUGUGGAGUGGCAGAGAAUAGCCGCGGUGGUUGACAGGGUGUUGUUUUGGGUGUACUGUAUUGGCACAUUUGUAGCAUAUCUGUUAAUACUUGUAAUCGUUCCAAAUCAAAACUAUGCGCUUUGGAAUGCGAAAAUUCAGCCAAACCCAAAUAUCCGAUCAGACAGUCGUUAUACCAUGUGAAAAAACACAAUAUUCCGUAAUUUCAAAUUAUAAAUAUUGGCAUUUUUUUGGCUGUAUAGCUGUCUAUUUAUGCUUGAAACUUCAUUCAACGUUAAAUUUGUUGUACUUUGUAAUGCUUGUUUGUACCUGUA